GAUAUAAAUAUAAAAUUAUUUUAGGUUAUGUUUGCCGAAAGUUUUUGUGCAUUAUUAUUAUUUUUACUUUGAAAGCUUUGAUAUUACACUAUUGUAUCUUUGAAUUGAUGAAUUAUCGUACAUUGAAAGUUUUUUAAUUGAAUUUUUGAAUGAAGAGAUGUUAGAAAACUUCAAUAAUACUUAUUUAUAAUGUAGUAGGCUCAAUUCAAUGACAACAAAGUUGUGCUUACUUUAUAACCUACAAAAGUAAAUAGUUUCAUUUUAUCUGUCUUAUUUCUAAUACCAAAGCGUUACAUAAUGACAGAUGCCAUAGAAACCAGUUUGCUUGUAAUUGUAUUUGAUAUAAAUCCAACGCAGCGAAUUCUGAUAAACGAGCCUCAGAAGGAAGGACAGAAGUUUACGCAUUGUGUUGACGCUGUUAUAGCAUUUGCCAACUCGCAUCUCAUGCUCAAACCUAGAAACAAGUUAGCGGUGAUCACAUCUGAUGCUCAAACAAGCAAGUUUAUUUAUCCGGGAAAUGACGAAGGGGAGUCACUUCUGGGUGCGAGGCAGCGUGACGGCCAGUAUGAACUUUUCACGCAUGUCGAGAAAACCAUCAGAGGCAAUCUGCAGUCGGUUAUAACUAACAGUAAACCACCGGAUCCCACCAAAGAAACAUUGCUUGCUGGAGCCUUUGCUAUGGCUUUGUGUUACAUCAAUAGGCAAGAAAUUGAAAAACCGGUUGGUGAGAAACUGAAUUCUAGAAUCUUGGCAAUAACUGGCAGCAGUGAUAGCGCGUCUCAGUAUAUGAAUUAUAUGAAUGUUUUCUUCACCGCUCAAAAACAGAAUGUUAUAAUCGACAUCUGCAGUUUGGAUCAUGACUUGGGUUUACUGCAACAAGGCUGUGACAUUUCUGGUGGUUUAUACCUGCGAAUACCACAAUUUCAAGGUCUUCUUCAGUAUCUUCUGUGGGUAUUCCUGCCAGAGCCACCGAUCAGGAAAAAGUUGCUUCUGCCUCCGCCUGUCAAGGUCGACUACAGAGCAUCAUGUUUCUGCCACAGACAACUGAUCGACAUCGGCUAUGUGUGCUCGGUGUGCUUGUCGAUUUUCUGCCGAUUCAGCCCGAUUUGCACCACGUGUCACGCCGUCUUCAAAACGCCCGGUCCGCUCCCCAUCAAACCAAAGAAGAAGAAACAGAAAUUGGGAUGAACUCUUUGUAUCAAAUCAGUAAUCACUCCUCAUACUGUGAAGUGUUUGCGUAUUUUUUGUACAUUAACGGCCGUAUUCAGAGAUGAGGUUUGAAGCGUUCUCAUUUUAACUGUUCUCAGCUGAAAAUUUGAUUUCUCAAGCCGACUUGAUAUCGUCUCUGAACGCGGCCCUAAGGUUUUUUGUAAUUAAAGUGAUAAGGUUAGUAAAUAA